AUGACACGCAAAGCAGGGAACGGCUGGAGCCUGCAGUGGAAAGUUGGAGCCCUGGUGUGUGGCAGGCGGACAGAGGUGCAGAGAACAGCCGGGGAGAAUAAGACUCAGAGGACGUGCUGGGCCACGGCUGGGACGAUGCAGUUCCUGGUUUGGUUAAUGGUAGCCAUUUGCUUCCUCCCUGGGGUGACUACAACGCAGCACCGUGCAGGGCAGCCCAUGGACAGCACCAACGUGGGAGGUGGCCUGCAGGAGCCAGAGGCCCCGGAAGUGAUGUUUGAGCUGCUCUGGUCUGGGCUGGAGCUGGAUAUCAUGGGGCAGCUGCACAUCCAGGAUGAGGAACUGGCAUCCACACGUCCAGGCCGCCGGCUCAGUCUCCUCCUGCAGCACCAUGUGCCCAGUGACUUGGAGGGUGCUGAGCAGCGGCUGCAGCAGUUCCAGGACCUGCGGAAGGGACCCCCUCUUAGCCCUUGGGACUUUGAACAUCUGCUCCUCACAGGCCUGUCCUGUGUCUACCGGCUCCCUGUGGCUAGUGAGGCUCAGGAGAGAGGUCGCUGGGCCCAGGUCUUCGCCCUCCUGGCACAGGAAACACUCUGGGACCUGUGCAAGGGCUUCUGCCCCCAGGGCAAGCCCCCUUCUCUGGGGCCCUCGGCCUCUACCCUUGACCCCUUCCCCUAA